GUUCUUGUCUUAGCUAAAAAGUCCCUUCCUCAGGAAGGUCUUUGCUGAUGUCUAAGCUAGAGUAAGCCUCAGGCUCCUGCAGUGUCCUGCGCUUUUCCCAUCGUAAUAUUCAAUCAUUUAUUCAACAAAGAGGGAGUGCUUUUAGGUGCCAUAUACUAUUCUAGAUUACAUUUUAUUGUAAUGACUUGUUCAAUGACUGUUUCACCACUAGACUGUGAGUCCCACUGGGGAGGAACCAUUUCUUUAUUAUUCAUCACUCCCCUCCUUGCCAUGCAAAGUGCCUGGCAUAUAAUAAGCUGCCAGGUUAGAAGACCCUUGACCUUGAGCAGGAUCCCCCCACCCCCAUUGUCUGAUAUCAGCUUCCUCAGGCUUAGUGGCUACUCAUAGUUUCUGCCUUGAAUUUCUUGCCCAGCUCCCUGCCUUGAACCAGAAUCCAUUUGACUCUUUCCAUCCUUUGAGGGGCUCCAGGUAUAGAUAAUCCCAAUGAGAGGGGAGAGGUUGGAUUGUGUCCCUUAUGGAAGAUAUUGGGCAGCUGGUUAUCCUUUGAUCUCAAAGGCAGUGUGGUCUCCACCUCAGAACUUCCCCAUUCCUUUCUGCCCUGGUGACCAGAGAUGGACAGGGCUGCCCUGAGGUCAGUCUGGCUCUUCACUGUCCCAGCCUUACAGUGUAUGUGCCCUUCCCAGAUCACAAUUCCAAGCGCUAAGGAGGCUGGUUCCAGCCUGACCUCUGCAAAACCUGGCUUCAUAUGCCACUGCUUCAAGGAAGGGCUCAACAUGAGUUUGCGAGAGUCAGGGGUCGCCCACCUGCUGAGACUCAUGGAAAUGCCACUCUUGAGCUGCGUAAGAGCCAGGAUGUUGGUUUAAGCUAACUCCCUCUCUCUCUUUUCCCCUAGAUCUCAGCCCACACCUGUCCUGUACCCCAGGCCCAUCUUACUUCCUUCUCAGGUGGAGCCAUGCUGAGCAGACCAGCAGUUACACGUGAGGCAGACACAGACAGGAGCCUUUCCCCAUUUAUUUCACAGAAGCGUGCUUAGCAUUGUGCUAGGGUCUGAGGAGCAAGAAGGGACAGAAAGGAUCUGCCAAGGCCAUGUCUGUUCCGUCAUCACUGAGCCAGUCGGCCAUUAACGCCAACAGCCACGGAGGCCCCGCCCUGAGCCUACCCCUACCCCUGCACGCUGCCCACAACCAGCUGCUCAACGCCAAGCUGCAGGUCACAGCCGUGGGACCCAAAGACCUGCGCAGUGCCAUGGGGGAGGGUGGUGGGCCUGAGCCGGGCCCUGCCAAUGCCAAGUGGCUAAAGGAGGGCCAGAACCAGCUCCGGCGGGCUGCCACAGCCCACCGUGACCAGAACCGAAAUGUGACCUUGACCCUGGCAGAGGAGGCCAGCCAGGAGCCUGAGACGGCACCCUUGGGCCCCAAAGGCCUGAUGCACCUGUACUCUGAGCUGGAGCUUUCUGCCCACAAUGCGGCCAACCGAGGGCUCCGAGGACCCGACCUGAUCAUCAGCACCCAAGAUCAGGGGCCAGAUGAGGGAGAAGAGAAGGCAGCGGGGGAGGCCGAGGAAGAUGAUGAGGAAGAGGAGGAGGAGGAGGAGGAGGACUUGUCUUCUCCCCCAGGGCUGCCCGAUCCCCUGGAGAGUGUGGAGGUGCCCCCUGGACCCCAGGCCCUUGCAGACGGCCCCCGGGAGCACAGCAAGAGUGCCAGCCUCCUGUUUGGCAUGCGGAACAGUGCAGCCAGUGACGAGGACUCGAGCUGGGCCACCUUAUCUCAGGGCAGCCCCUCCUAUGGCUCCCCUGAGGACACAGAUUCCUUCUGGAACCCCAACGCCUUCGAGACGGAUUCCGACCUGCCGGCUGGAUGGAUGAGAGUUCAGGACACCUCAGGGACCUACUACUGGCACAUCCCGACCGGGACCACCCAGUGGGAGCCCCCUGGCCGGACCUCCCCCUCCCAGGGGAGCAGCCCCCGAGAGGAGUCCCAGCUCACCUGGACAGGCUUUGUCCACGGAGAAGGCUUUGAGGAUGGAGAGUUUUGGAAGGACGAACCCAGUGAGGAGGCCCCAAUGGAUCUGGGAUUGAAGGACCCUGAGGAGGGGACACUGCCCUUCCCGGCUCAGAGCCUUAGCCCAGAGCCAUUGCCCCAAGAGGAAGAGAAGCUGCCCCAAAGGAAUGCCAACCCAGGGACUAAGUAUUUUGCCGUGCGCUCCCUAGGCUGGGUGGAGAUGACCGAGGAGGAGCUGGCCCCUGGACGCAGCAGCGUGGCUGUCAACAAUUGCAUCCGUCAGCUCUGCUACCACAAAAACAAUCUGCACGACCCCAUGUCUGGGGGCUGGGGGGAGGGAAAGGAUCUGCUGCUGCAGUUGGAAGAUGAGACGCUAAAGCUGGUGGAGCCGCAGAGCCAGGCCCUGCUGCACGCCCAGCCCAUCGUCAGCAUUCGUGUAUGGGGCGUCGGGCGGGACAGUGGAAGGGACUUUGCCUACGUAGCUCGAGAUAAGCUGACCCAGAUGCUCAAGUGCCACGUGUUUCGCUGUGAGGCACCCGCCAAGAACAUCGCCACCAGCCUACAUGAGAUCUGCUCUAAGAUCAUGGCAGAAAGGCGCAAUGCCCGCUGCUUGGUCAAUGGACUCUCCCUGGAUCACUCUAAACUUGUGGAUGUCCCUUUCCAAGUGGAAUUCCCGGCGCCUAAGAAUGAGUUGGUACAAAAGUUCCAAGUCUAUUACCUGGGGAAUGUGCCUGUUGCUAAACCUGUUGGGGUAGAUGUAAUAAAUGGGGCCCUGGAGUCAGUCCUGUCCUCCAGUAGCCGUGAGCAGUGGACCCCAAGCCAUGUCAGCGUGGCCCCUGCCACCCUCACCAUCUUGCAUCAGCAGACAGAGGCGGUGCUGGGAGAGUGUCGGGUGCGCUUCCUAUCCUUCCUGGCAGUGGGCAGAGAUGUCCACACAUUCGCAUUCAUCAUGGCUGCAGGCCCGGCCUCCUUCUGCUGCCACAUGUUCUGGUGCGAGCCGAAUGCUGCCAGCCUCUCAGAAGCUGUGCAGGCUGCGUGCAUGCUCCGCUACCAGAAGUGUCUGGAUGCCCGCUCCCAGGCCUCCACCUCCUGCCUCCCUGCACCCCCUGCUGAGUCCGUUGCCCGGCGUGUCGGGUGGACUGUCCGCAGGGGUGUCCAGUCGCUGUGGGGUUCCCUCAAGCCCAAACGCCUGGGGGCCCACACCCCCUGAAGCCCUCAGUUCUUCCUCUACCUGCUUGCAUUGGGCGCCAGGGAACUCAAGGCUAUGGGGCGGGGGGGAGGGGGGGGCUAGAGGCUAUCCUUAGGCCUCAGCCCCACUCCCCUCCCAAGCUGCCCCUCCUCAGUAGCUGGGUUCCCUGCUAGGGGCUGGGGAGGGAGAUAUCCAAUCCCUUCAAGGAAGUGACAAUACUGGAUUGAUGACAAGAGGAACAGGAAGCAAGACCAGCCCCCCUCUCCAUCCCCACAUUGCAGGUGGAGCAGAAGAAUUCUAAGCCAGGCCCCAUCUUUGUAGGGUCCAAGCAGGGGCAGAAGUAGGGGAUUAGUCCAGACAUGGACCCCCCUGCCCCCUGGCACCUCUGCUGUACUGAUAACACUAAUAAAGUCUGUCUGCCCUGCU